CCCCAAAGAGAAAGGGAAGCCGCGGUAGAAAUCGAGCUCUCUGUUAGUUCAUGCGAGACUCCGGGGGCAGGAGGAACCGUUCCUAGGGCCCUUAGUAGGCCGACUUAGGGUGUUGGUAUGAACAGAAUUCGGAUCCACGUCCUGCCAUCGAAUCGGGGGCGCGUCAACCCAGUGCCCAGGUCUCAGGAGCCCCUGUCUUGUUCCUUCACACACCGUCCAUGCUCCCAGCCCCGUCUCGAAGGGCAAGAGUUUUGCAUUAAACAUAUCCUUGAAGACAGGAAUGCACCUUUCAAGCAAUGUAGCUACAUAUCCACCAAGAAUGGAAAGAGAUGCCCAAACGCUGGCCCUAAGCCUGAGAAGAAAGAUGGUGUAUCCUUCUGUGCAGAACACGCCCGUAGGAAUGCCCUGGCACUUCAUGCUCAGAUGAAGAAAAGCAACGCUGGACCCAUGGGCGAAACACUUUUAUGCCAGCUGAGUUCAUAUGCUAAGACAGAACUAGGUUCCCAGACCCCAGAGAGUAGUCGUAGUGAAGCCAGCCGAAUCCUGGAUGAAGAUAGCUGGAGUGAUGGGGAUCAGGAGCCUAUAACUGUGGAUCAGACAUGGAGAGGCGAUCCUGACAGUGAUGCUGAUAGCAUAGACAGUGAUCAAGAAGACCCCUUAAAGCAUGCUGGCGUCUACACAGCUGAAGAGGUGGCCCUGAUCAUGCGUGAGAAACUGAUUCGUUUACAGUCUUUGUACAUUGACCAAUUCAAAAGACUUCAGCAUCUGUUGAAAGAAAAGAAACGUCAUUAUUUACAUAACCGCAAGGCGGAACAUGAAGCCUUAGGUAGUAGCCUUUUGACAGGUCCAGAGGGACUUUUAACAAAAGAACGGGAAAGCUUGAAGCAACUGAAAUGUCUUCGGCGCUACCGCCAGCGGUAUGGUGUGGAGGCCUUGCUACACCGACAAUUAAAAGAGCGCAGAAUGCUGGCCACAGAUGGGGCUGCCCAACAGGCACAUACUACUCGUUCCAGUCAGAGGUGUUUGGCUUUUGUUGAUGAUAUUCGUUGUUCCAACCAGUGUCUCCCGAUGACCAGGCAUUGUCUGAAUCAUAUCUGUCAGGAUACCAAUCAGGUUCUUUUCAAGUGGUGUCAGGGCUCUGAGGAGGUACCCUGCAACAAACCAGUUCCUGUCAGCCUCUCAGAGGAUCCCAGUUGCCCACUGCAUUUCCAACUGCCACCUCAGAUGUAUAAGCCUGAGCAGAUACUCUCUGUGCCAGAUGAACUGGAAGCUGUCCCCAUGGAUAUGUACUUGAGUGCUGCUGAACUUCAGCCCACAGAGAGUUUACCUCUGGAGUUCAGUGAUGACUUGGAUGUAGUGGGUGAUGGAAUGCAGUGCCCUCCUUCUCCCUUGCUCUUUGACCCUUCACUAACUCUGGAGGAUCAUUCAAUCAAAGAUGUUGCUGAAGCUCCUGUGGAUAUUCUGAACCAAGUACAGAUUGCAGUAGGUGUACCCAGGCCGCAGGGAUCCCAGAAACCUGAAGAAACCACAGUUUCUGCAACAUUGCCCGGAAGUGGAGUGGUUGCCACCAAUGGGAAGCCAGAACAUAUUUCUAUCAGCUGAUGGUUGCUACUGAGAAGUUGACUUUGGGAGAGGUCGAAUUCUUCAUUUCCCUAAGAAAAAUUUAUUCCUCACCAGAAGAGAGAACCCAGGCUGACUUACUUUUUCCCCUUCUGGGCAGCUAAGGUGUAUAGUGAAUCAUAAAACCAAAUUGUUCUGCGAAUAGAGCAAUAACUGUCUCAGCUGUGGGUUACUCUUUAAAUUGAGCAAGAUGUGUGUAAUGCUACUUGUUGGGGAUCAGCGAAUGAGUUUGUGUCUAAGGGGAAGAAAAUAUCUUAAUGGAAUCCCAAAACCUUGACCAGGAAACCAGUUGGGUAGCCAAUAUGACUUCUGACGCUGGAAACUGGUUAUCCAGUAUCUUAUAUUUUCCUAGCUCCUCUUGAUCUUUCACCAAAGUGGAGUGCUAAAAUGGGCAUGUCCUACUCCCUCCACCCCAAAAGGAAUUCAGGUGUGGACGGUCUGCAGGCUUGAACCCUUCUUAACCUUCUAGCUUCCUGCUUUUAACCUGUCUAGAGUUCUGUAGUGGUCACCUUGUGUAAGAUAAAAUAUAAAUUUUCUGUACAGAAUUUCUAUGAAAUGAUCUAAAAAAGAAAGAAAAUGUAUUGAAAAUGAAAAACAAUCUUAUCACUUGGAAUGAGAGUUGUGGGUUUAGUUGAAUAAUUCGGUAUUUGAGAGGGCCACCUCUGUGAUGGAAAAAGGGGUACUGGCCUGUAGCCUUUGUGAGAAUCUUUUACUUUAUAGAGAAGAACUCUAAAUACCCAUCUUCUAAACCUGUUUACACACACACACACACACACACACACACACACACACACACACACACACACGAUCAUGUCUUCAUGUAAAUAAAAUGUUGAAACUGCUUUGGAUUGGGGCAAGGCUAUGGGGACGUUGGUCUGGAGGAUCUAUUGAGAGCGUCACAGUGUAUGAAAAAGUUACUAAAAGCAUAUGUUGCCAGGGAAAGAGACAACAUAAUCAUUUUCUCUUCCCCCUUUCUGGUGUCCAUCUGCUAGGGUCCUCCUUGCUUAAAUUUGAGGUCUCCACAGCCCAUGGAUGUUAGUGACAGUUGCAAAAAGACAUUGAAGAGAUAUGGUUCAGAGUAAAUGAGGUUCUUCUCCCUCUCCCUCCCUCCCAGUACAUGUAGAAGGGAUGGGGAACCUGCAGCCUCAAGGCUACAUGUGGCCCUG